CCUCACAUUUGCCGGCCGGCAAAAAACAUUAUGGCGUCGUAACAACAAAAUAUGUGCACGUGCUAACAAUAUUUGCGCAGAUCUUCGGUGAUUUCUCGAUCUAGAAACGAUGGAAUUCGACUCGACCGUGCUCGACUUUCAGAGGAGACUCCACAGCCUGCAAAAUGAGUUCGGAAACCUGCAGGAAGCUGAAAUUCCGGCAGAAAAACUGGCACCGGUUUUAGAAAAAUGGAGUGCCGUCAUAGAGAAGAAGGAAGAAGUCCUGAGACGAAAAAUUCAUCUCUACCUAGUCUUGAACACCAACUUUCCCUUUUGCAGUGGCGUCGAGGUGUCCGACGACGUGGCCCACCUCACUGGAUCUGCUCCUCUUCUCAGUCCAAGACUUCUGAUCGCUCUCGUGCGGGGCUGCCACCUGAUGCCCUACGCCUACGAGACCAUCAGUUUUGCAGAUCCAGUCCUCGCCCUGCAUUACUCGGAUGUUGUCCUCCGCGAGAACAGUGGCCUGUCGGCUCUGGACACCUUGGAUGAAGUUUUUUCUGUGAUGAACUCCAUUUUCAUCCAGCUCGGCAGUUGCCGUACCCCAAAUGUCCAGAACAAACUGGCGUCGGAGUUCAUCAAAGUGAACAACUCUCUGUCUCAGAUUCUCGUCAAGAAGCUGAAGGACUUGUCUAGCUUGGAGAAACUGGAGGCUGCAGGAAUUACGGCCAAAAAGUUGAUCGAGUUGGUGCUUUUGUGCAUGCAGGUCAUGCUCGAGGCUCCGAAAAAUCCUGACGAUUUUUACCUGAGAAACUUGUUUGCCACCUUUGACUAUGGACAGUGGCCUGAGAGUGGAGACUUUGACUUGAUGGGAUGCUUUGAUCGAGUGGUUGACCAGUGCGAGCGGAGUUUCAAGGCCAUCGACGUAGACCGAUGGAUUAGCUGGGAGGCAGUCAAAGGUCAGACUGAAGGGAAAAACUUGCAGAUGGAAAUUGGAGAAGCAACCUAUAGGUGUGUUGAAUUUGAGCCCAAGCCGAGCAAAAGUGUGAAACAACUCUCGGCUAUUCUGCUGGGAUUCCAAUUGAAGCCGGUCUCAGAAUUCGACCUUGCCGAUCUGGAUAGGGUCAUUUCAAAGCUAGAGGAACGCCCAAAAAAAGAGUGGCUUUCUGCGUUGCUGACAAAGAAUGACGCUUUCAAAGAUUAUAGAACAGUGCAGAUGAUUGAAAAGCACUCUGAGCUCUGGGACUUUGAGAUUGUGUCAAAUAUUCUCAAACUGGCCACUCACCCGGAAGCUUGUGAUGCUGAAAAGCUCAAAUCUGUAGUUUUGGAAGCUUUCAAAACUAUCAACAUUGAGGAGCAGAAAACACUGAUCAACAGCUACUUUAAAGAAUUUGGCAUUGGAACACAUUUCAAGGCCUCAAACUUUGAUUCUCAGGUCACAACUGUUUUGAACAGGUCAUCAAAUUUUGAGACAAUGAGAGAAAAGUGGCUUCCUGAAUUUCUCAUCUUGAGUCUGCAAUCUCCCAAAGAGCUGGUGGAAAAGUCUGUGGUGUCAGGCUACGCGAGCCGUGGUCAAGGAACCUUAGUGGCUCUCGCUCUCUCGGAGAUAGCAAGUCUUUGCACCUUUCCUUGCGAUGGAACAACAGUCCUCUUGAGUGCUCUCAAGUCUGCAAUCUCGGACAUCGAUCCGUCAACAUCCCACCUCACCCAUUUUGUCCAGCAGCUGGAGGAAAGGGGGCUUAUCAAAUCUGUGGACUUCAUCAAGUGCUGUGUGUUACCCACUCUCAAAUCAGACCUCGGCUCUUAUCGAGUGCCAUAUUUGCUUUUGUGGGUUCAACUUCUCAAGCGCCUGCUGAAGGUUGACAGUGCAGAGCAGGUCGAUUUGGACAGUAAAUUGAGUUUGGCUGUGCUGCUGGCAGUGCUGGCUGAAAUUCUACAGCGAGCAUCUUGGGUGCUCGGAAAGUUCAAACAUGCUGAGUCCCUGCUGCGAGCAGAGACCGUACUUUUAGUUAGACCCCUGGCAUGCAGGUAUGCCAACAGCAUCACCAACCCUGAAGACAAGGAGUUGUUGUGGCUCCGCACAGGGCUUUUAAGACUGACCUCCCACAACCGAGCUCACUUCAGUGCCAUUUGGACCCACUUCAACCUGCCAGUACCUUCCAUGAACAUGGGCUCCUUGCUUUUGAGCAGGGAGGCCAUGCACCAGCAGUCGGGCAUGCCGCCAGGAGGCCCAGACCAGCUUCUCAGUCCACUGCUAAUUCUGCUGCCAUCGUGUUGCACCCCAGAGUGGCGCCUCCUCAUCACAAGUCUUGCUAAAGUCCUCUCGAGCUACAACGUGUCCGACCAAGAGGUGGAAGAUGCUGAAGAGAGGGACGAGAUAAAAAUGCUCCCAGACGCUAUCAGACUGCUGGUCACUGCUCUGAUGCUGCAGGCCUUGAUGCUCAGCCAGCAACAACCUCCUGACGAUGCAAAUUACAGCAACGAGUGUGCCCUUGCGUGCCUGGAGAACAGCAUAAGGAAUCUCGGAAUCAUCAUGAAGGAGGAAUGGUUGCCUAAGUUGACGGACACGUCCGAGGUGGAGAAUGGUGCUGGAGUGGUGCGGCAAGUUGCUCUUCUCUUGCGCUCGUUGCCCUCGUCAAUCUCCUCGAGCUGCUCGUUGGCCCUCAGUGGCGUCCUGCAGCAGGCACACGAGGUGCUCCUUUUGCAGGCAGGCAUGCAGACAGACUUGGCCACCUGGUGUGCCCAAGAACUGGCUCUCAGCCUUGCUUUGCUGCCUGAUCGAGAGGCUAGGCAGUCGUUGGCCAGGAAACUACUCAUUGAACCAGCCCUGGCCCAAGUUUGAAUAUACCCAAAGGAUUGCUACUUAAUUAAUUUGAUUCUCGCUCAAAUGUUAGUUAUUACAUUCCGAAACUUCUUUUCAUUUGCUCAGAUUUUUGACUAUGUGACUCGAGAGCCAGUGGAAAUGAUAUCAAAUGACUUUUUCUGAUAAAUUAUUUGAUUUGAUUAAGAGGAAACUUGAUUUGUUUGCUAUUUAAAAUAAUACAUAAAAAGCUGUUUAUCAAAAAAUAGCAAUCUGCUAGCUAUUGGAAAUACUCAUCAAAUGUAUUCUAGAGGAUAAUCAAAAUAUAUAAAAAAUGCCCUUACUAGGAAGAUCAAACCGAAAUCCAAAUGAACUCUGUACCAAAAAUGUGAAGAACAUUAUAAUGCAAAUAAAAACAAUUGAU